AAUGAAACAUUUAGAGUAGCACAUCAAGGUGCUUCUUCAGAGUAGACUGAAGAAGCACCUUGGCCCAUAGUGGCUACUAUUAACUUCUCAACUUGUUAUAUUAACCUGUUGUUUUACCUUGUUGUAUUAACUUGAUGUAUUAACUUAUUAUAUCAACUUGUUGAAGUGGAAAUGAAGCAAUGAGAACUGUGACCAAUUUUUGGUUGCUUUUUCAUUUUUGGAAAUGCAUGGAUUUUCAUUAAACCUGAAAUUCAAGUAGUUUCACUGGAAAAUGAUAUGUUUAUAACGACUUUCGCCACUAGGGCACGGCCAUGUUUUAAAAACGCAGGCGCCACGUCAUCAGAAUGGUUAGCUCUUUAAAAUAAACAUGUCGAAUAUUGGAAGAACAACCUUUUGUAUUGCCCCUUGCUGUUCAAACGAAUAUUAUCGGUUAAAGGAGAGCGGUAGAAUAGUUCAUUUCCAUGCCAUUCCUGUCAAGAACCCUGAAGUGCUCCGAAGAUGGUUAGCUGCAUUGAAACGCCUCAGCCCCCCAAUGGGACCAGCGCGGAGAGUAUGUAGCGACCACUUUAUAGAGGCUGAUUACAUUGAAGAGGGAGCUUUUGCUGAAGAUGGGAGAUUUGUUCGCCGUCCCACCAAUCGCCUGAAGCCAGAUGCUGUGCCAACUAUUUUUAAAUCGGACCCGGGCGCUGCUCUUAUGCGCAGAGAAAGAGCGCAGAAAUGUGCUUGCCAGGCAGAGGAACGAGAGUCUCUGCAGAUCGAGCUUCGGAAGAGGGGGGUGGUAACCAAGGACACCAAUCCGGCGGCUCGGACAGUAACGCAAACCGGAGAACGGACGAGGGACGGGGCGAACCUCCGCAGGGAGAAGAGAGGGGCGGUGAGGGGAGGACGCGGAGGGCGGGGCGGGAAGUACUCAACCAAUGAAAGACAGACGAUGGGCCCCAAGAGCAAGCUGUACGACGCCAAGGGCGUCCUGAUCUCCAGCGGGAAGGACAUGUGCGACUGCCUCGACGUGGACUGCAUGGGCUGCUUCUACCCCUGCCCCGACUGCGGCGCUCGCAAGUGCGGCGUGGAGUGCCGCUGCCACAGGAAGUGGCUCUACGAGCAGGUGGAGGUCGAGGGCGGCGAGAUCAUCAGGAACAAAUUUGCUGUGUGAAGACUCCAGAACGUUCUGGAACCGUUAGGUCCCAGGAACAUGGAGGAGGGAGGGAGG